AUGUCAAAAGCCAGAGGCGCCGGCGCCGCAGCCGACCAAAUCGUCAAACUCAUCGUCGGCGCGGGCCAAGCCUCGCCCAGUCCGCCCGUCGGUCCCGCGCUCGGUAGCAAGGGUGUCAAGUCGAUGGACUUUUGCAAGGAGUUCAACGCCCGCACAGCCAACUACGUCGUCGGCACGCCCAUGCCCUGCCGCGUCACCGUCCGCGCCGACCGCUCCUUUACCUUUGACAUUCGCACGCCGCAGACGUCGUGGCUGCUGCUCAACUGCGUCGACACGGCGCCCAGGAACAAAAAGGGCCAGCGGCGCGGCGCGCAGAAGCCCGGCUCCGAGACGAUUGGCGCCGUCAGCCUCAAGCACGUCUACGAGAUUGCCAAGGUCAAGCAGUCGGAGCUGCGCCUGUCGGGGCUGUCGCUCGAGGGCCUCUGCCGGUCCAUCAUCUUCCAGGCCAAGUCGAUUGGCAUCGAUGUCGUCGCAUAA